AUGGAGAACUGGGGGAAUUUAGUUCAUCUAUUUGUGACAGUGUUUCUGGCAAAUUUUGCGGCCUUAGUGGUGAACCUGGCGAUUGCAGACGUGACAAUGGAGGCAGUAUGUCCCGGUAAAGACGAGUGUUCUCUCGCAAUUUACCUCACCGGCUUCCAACAAGCGAUUGCAGGAUUGGGGUCUGUGGUCAUAAUGCCACUGAUUGGAAAUAUGUCAGAUGCGUAUGGACGGAAAGCUUUGCUCACCAUUCCUAUGACUCUCUCCAUCAUCCCAUUAGCAAUACUGGCAUGGGAGAGGACAACGAGCUUCUUCUACGCAUAUUAUGUAUUAAAGACUAUAACAGCCAUGGUUUGCGAAGGCGGUGUUCUGUGCAUUUCUCUUGGUUAUUUGGCAGACAGUGUGACAGAGGGAAAGCGAGUCUCUGCAUUUGGAGUCCUGGCAGGUGUAGUUUCGGGUGCAUCUCUUUGUAGUACCUUCGCUGCUCGCUUACUGUCCACUGCCCAGAUAUUUCAGGUUGCAGCAGCUGUAUCCAUUGCUGCUGCAGUGUACAUGAGAAUAUUUCUUAAGGAUCUCACUCCCCACACUAAUGUUUUGGAGGAACCAAUCUUGAAGCCAGAAACCGAUAGAGAUCAAGUUGGUUGUGAAUCAUUAAGGGAGAUAGACUUCUUUAAGCAAAUUCCAUCACCAAAGGAUAUCAUUCACUUGCUUAAGAGCAGCACUACGUUUUCGGUAGCAGCAUUUGUUGCUUUCUUCAAUAGCCUUGCAGAGGCUGGAGUCCAAGCCUUCUUAAUGUAUUUCUUAAAGGCACGCUUCCAGUUCAAAAAAGAUCAAUUUGCUGAUAUAUGGCUCAUUACCUACAUUGGAGCGACCGUAUCAAAUAUGAUCUUCAUGCCCAUAUUGGGUCCUAUUAUAGGAGAGGAGAUACUGCUUUCUGUAGGACUCUUUGCUGGAUUCCUGAAUAUGCUACUUUACAGCAUAGCCUGGUCGUCUUGGGUAACCUAUGUUGCUGCUUGGUUGAGUGUUUUCCUUUUCCUCGCAAGCCCAAGUAUAAGAUGCAUUGUUUCAAAACAAGUUGGACCCUGUGAACAAGGGAUUGCUCAGGGUUGCCUUUUGGGAAUAGCAUCAUUUGCCAAUGUCAUCUCUCCAUUAAUAUAUAGCCCUCUUUCAGCUUUGUUUUUGUCUGAGAGAGCUCCAUUCAAUUUCCCCGGUUUCAGUAUUAUGUGCAUUGGACUUGCUUGGUUUAUAGGAUUCAUUCUGAGUAUAGUGAUAAAGAUUGUUCCCUUAAUGCCAAAAGACAGAGAAGUGAACAGAGGCCUAAAUCGGAAUACUUGCCCAGCCCCAACUUUGGUAUAA